CUUGCGAUACAGGAUGGAGGUUCUAUUCAACCUUCUCCAUGACAUGGGAGCGGUGCCGUCAGUCCAAGCGACGCUUGACUACGUCCCUACGAAGACCGACGAUACAAAGAGUCCAGUGCCGGAGUCUUCCCCAGAUGUGUCGCCGAAUCAGAAACAGCAAACACCCCUGCAAAACAAAGACAGCGACGAAUAUGAGGCCCUCCCAGAUCUCAUCGCAAACCCUCCACCACCUCCACCUGGUGCUCCCGAAAAAGCAAAACCUACUGCAAAGUCUCCCAUAAAACCCAAAACUCCCGCAGCCCCUAUAUUUCGUAAGGAAAGGUCCCGAGAUUUGCAGCCAUUUCUCAAAGCAGCACCGGUGGUGCGACCACCGACGGACACGACGACCUUGGCUGAUCCAUUUGCACGCAAUUAUGACACCUUGAUACCAUUACCACCAUCGGAAGCUGUAUUCACCAAACGUGUGGAAGCCAUACCACCGUCAAAAGGAGUGGUGUCUUCACGGUGAUAAAUUAUGAAACAGUAUUUUCAAAUAGACAUUCUGCUCAUUACUAACAAAAUUUGUAAUCGAAUAAAGAC